AUGUUUUAUCCAGCUACUUACAGUGUCUUUGCGGGCGCUACAGAGGAUGAAAUCCAAUUAACCGCCCUUCGUUGGAUUGAUAGCUUCUUCGAAAUCAGUCCUGCAGACAUGCUGCAAUUUGUUCCAAGGCUUUUGUCACAAGUACUUCCAACUCUGUCAAGCGGCUCAGAUGAAGUACGGCAGGCAGCCAAUCGUGUCAAUAACUCUCUUAUGCAGCAUAUUGUCUCUCUGACCGAAGAUGCUCCUCAAAAUGAGCCACCCAAGACAUCCCCUCCUCUUGCAGCUGUCCAGGCUAGCGGUAAGGAAGGGGAGGGCCGCCGAACACCUACUCCCGUUACAAGGCAGGCAUCGAUAGCGUCCAGCGAUACGCGCAAACCAACAUCACGGCCGGCGUCCAGGACGGAGCCAGCUCCUGCACUGGCAUCUCAGCCAUCGGAGCAAACCUCAGAGCAAACAUCAGACCUAGACUAUGCUGCAGCAGUUAAUGCUCUAACUCUUCAGUUUCUGAAUGAAAAUGAAGCCACAAGAGUUGCUGCUUUAGCAUGGCUCAUAAUGCUUCACAGAAAAGCUCCCCGGAAAGUCCUUGCUUUCCACGACGGAACUUUCCCUGCACUCCUGAAAACACUAUCAGACCCGGCAGAAGCUGUUGUCACUAGGGACUUGCAGCUUCUAUCUCAGAUAUCUCGGAAUAGUGAAGACAGUUAUUUCGCAUCUUUCAUGGUGGAUCUCCUCCAAUUAUUCUCGACUGAUAGAAAACUUCUUGAGGGUCGUGGUAAUCUCAUCAUCAGGCAGCUUUGUAUGAACCUGAGUCCAGAAAGAAUAUACCGAACACUGGCAGACUGCCUCGAGAAGGAAGAGGAUAUCGAGUUUGCCAGUAUUAUGAUCCAGAAUCUCAAUAACAACCUCAUAACCGCUCCCGAACUUGCCGACCUCAGGAAACGGCUAAGAAAUCUAGAAACCAAAGAUGGUCAAAUGUUUUUCGUUGCGCUCUUUAGGUCAUGGUGUCACAACUCUGUAGCAACAUUCUCCUUGUGUUUACUUGCUCAAGCUUAUGAACAAGCGUAUAAUCUUUUGCAGAUAUUUGCUGAGUUAGAAAUGACGGUCAACAUGUUAAUUCAAAUAGACAAACUGGUUCAACUACUUGAAUCACCCGUGUUUACCUGUAAGAGUAUCCCCGGAGCUCCAGAGGUAGAAGCCGCCACUAACUCUGUGAAAGACCUUCGUCUGCAACUUCUCGAGCCUGAUAAAUAUCCAUAUUUAUAUAAAUGCCUUUACGGCCUUUUAAUGCUGCUCCCACAGAGCUCCGCAUUUGCAGCAUUGAAGAAUCGCCUCAACAGUGUCAGUAAUAUCGGAUUACUGUAUGCUGGCAUGCGACCGUAA